ACUCAUCUUUUAAGUGGUGAAACUAAACUAAUUCCUUUUAGAAUGCAGCAUAAGACUAAACUGCUUUAAAUGUCUGAUUUGCUUCGCGUUUUUACUGUUACAAAGGUCAGUUUAAAACCUCAGCCAUGCAGUACGACACGGACAGUACGUUCAUGCUUUCAGAAAAGAAAGCAUGUGAAACAUAAAGCUUAUUGGACGGGACAAUAUUACGUAUAGAAAAUCUAAUUAUCUGAUUGGCUACUGUCAUCUGUCAGUAAAAUGGGCGGGACUACGCUGUUCCGAACAAGGAAGUGAACUCAAGAGUAGUUUGACCAGUUGACAGGACGUAGAAAAGAAAAGUUGGCGUGAUGUUGAUGAUUGUAGCCGUUGCCUGUGUGUCUUUGGUCGUAUUUAUACUUAAAUAUGUCUUCGGCAACUCAGGUCCGAACCCCUUUGAGAAGGACAGUCGUGAGCCGCUAAAAGAGAAGGUUUACGACAAGAAAGAGAAAAACAAAGUCCUUAAGCAAGGUUUUGUGGCCAGUAAAGUGCCAGAGAACCUGGAUGCAGUCAUCAUCGGCAGUGGUGUCGGUGGACUCGGGCUGGCUGUGCUGCUGGCUAAAGUUGGAAAGAAGGUUCUGGUUCUGGAGCAGCAUAGUCGGGCUGGGGGAUGCUGCCACACGUUCACAGAGAAGGGGUUUGAGUUUGAUGUUGGUAUCCACUACAUCGGUGACCUGUUGGACCACAAGCCCUUUCGCUGCAUGCUGGACCAGAUGACCAAUGGUCAGCUGCAGUGGGAGAAGCUGGAGAACCCGUUUGAUCACGUCGUGCUGGGACCCGCAGAAAACCGACGCUCCUAUCCCAUCUACAGCGGCAGCGCUCGCUACUCUGAAGAGCUGAAGAAGCGAUUCCCUGGAGAGGAGAAGGCCAUCGAUGAGUACCUGAAGCUGGUGAAGAAAACCGGGCGAGGCAUUUGGGUCAUGGCUUUGCUGAAGCUCUGCCCCUUACCUUUGGCCAAGUUCCUGAUCCACACCGGCCUUAUCAAACAUCUAUCUUACUUCUACAAAAUGGCGUCACGCAGCCUGACAGACGUGGUCAACGAGCUGACGGAGAACAAGGACCUCAGAGCUGUCUUCACCUACAUCUUUGGCACUUACGGCAACAUACCAAAAGAUUCCAGCUUUUCCAUGCACAGUCUGCUGACCACCCACUACCUGAGUGGCGCCUGGUAUCCUAAAGCUGGCAGCAGUGAGAUUGCUUACCACAUGAUUCCCAUCAUCGAGAAAGCAGGGGGCGCUGUUCUGGUGCGAGCCCCAGUCAACCGCAUCUUAUUUAAUGAUGCAAAGGAAGCUUGCGGUGUGAGUGUGUUGAAAGGUCAGGAGGAGGUGCAUAUAAAAGCCCCUAUGGUCAUUUCGGAUGCCGGUAUUUUUAAUACCUACGAGAAGCUGCUGCCCAAGGAGCUCCAGGCCAUGCCAGAGAUCCAGAAGCAGCUCAGUUUGGUGAAACAUGGUGAAGGAGGUCUGAGCAUCUUUAUUGGUUUAAAUGGAACCAAGGAGGAGCUGGGCCUGAAAGCAAACAACUACUGGAUUUUUGCUGAGAACAAUUUUGAUGAGCUGGUGGAGAAAUAUAUGAAUGAGGAGAGAGAAGAGGCCUCUAAGAAAAUACCUCUGCUGUUUGUCGCCUCGCCGUCUGCCAAAGAUCCAUCGUGGGAGGAGAGAUCACCAGGAAAGUCUACUUUAAGUCUGGUUAGUUUUGCCAAAUACUCGUGGUUUGAGGAGUGGAAGGACAAUAAAGUGACGAACAGAGGGUCCGACUACAAAGAGCUGAAGCAAGGGUUCAUUGACGCCGCUCUGGAUGUGGUGAUGGACGUUUUCCCAAAAAUCACAAGGGACAAGAUUGAGUAUAUUGAUGCUGGAACCCCCAUCACAAACACACAUUACAUUGCUGCCCCCAAAGGUGAGAUCUAUGGAGUGGACCACGGCAUCGCUCGGUUCAGCCCUGAACUCAACGCUACAAUAAGACCUCAGACUCCCCUGAAGAACCUCUACCUGACAGGCCAGGAUGUGUUUUUGUGCGGUUUCGCUGGCGCCCUUGCUGGAGCUCUCACAUGUGGCUCAGUUAUUCUGAACCGCAACCUCCAUCUGGACGCCAUCGCCUUGGCAAAGAGAACAAAAUAUAUGAACAACAAGCUGAAAGAUGAAUAGCCGCUCUUCUUUAUCCCUAAUUUUGAUAAGGAUGAAUUUUCAAUCCUAAUAAUCUUCACUCAUGUGCCUCUGUUACUAAACCAGUAGAAAGCAGUUCAAACUCCCACAGGUUGUUUCUGCUUUCCUUUAACAUUUGCUGCUCAUAUGGGAAUCCUUAAUUGUAACAUUUUUAAUAAAAACUGCUAAUAUAAACAGCUCUUCCACAUUGUUGUAUAAUUUCAUUUUAACUCUGUUACAUAUUUAUAUUUCUUCACACUGUCUGUGCCAUUAUGUUUUUUUUUCAUGAAGAGUGAUGGGAUUAAUUGGUGUGCAGAUGGUAGCACACAGCAAGAAAGUUGUGGGUUUGAUUCUUUUUCUUCAUGGGGUUUGUUUGUUCUCCCUGUGCAUGCACAGGGAGAACUCCUGGUACCCCAGGUUCCUCCUAGUUCCUAAAAGUAAUAGGUUGAUUGCAUGUGGACAAGUUAAUUUAGAUGUAGCAUUUUCUCUUAAUGAAUACAAUUCUAAUUUCAAGCUUGUAUUUUAUUUUCACUCUUCUUAUCUUUGUCUAAAAAUACAUUUAUUUGGUAAUUCCACACACGUACCUGUGAAAUUGUUUCAGUUGAAUUGAGGUUCCCAAAAAGUCUGAAUGCACCUUUUUAAUCUUCAAGAUCUAAAAAUGCAUGUACUGUUCAUGACUCGAUCUUUAAUUUAAUUUUUUUGAUUUGUUAAAAAAUAAU